AUCGAAAAGAGUAAUGUCAUGUGUAGAGAGGGUAUUGCUUGCUUGGCUUGCUUGCUUGCUUGCUUUCUUUCUUUGCUUGUACGCGCGUUGUCGUCGGUCAAUUGGAUUGUUUAUAAAUGAAAGAAACACUUAGCCGCAUGACAUUCUUAUUUGAAAAAUAAAGUGUAGUGCUCGCAAGUAAUACAAGGAAACCAUAAAAACUGUGCCAACCAAUCUUGAAUGUUCAGAAAUAUGUGAAAGUGACAGUCGGAAAUCGACUUUGUUUUUUGCUGGAAUAAAAUGUUAUUUUGCAUUUGUUCAAAUACCGCCGAAUAUUAAAGUAUUGUGAACAUUAGAAAUGUUACGGUCGCGGUAUCUUCCACGCAUAGAGGACACUUGAUCGCGGACACUAUGUUCGAUGCGGGAUAGACGUGGUAUACAGCGUUACCAUCAGCUUUAAUUCGACUAUAAUGCAACACGGGUGUUUGCCGGACGGGGCCAGGAGCAGGUACGAGAAGCGUAAGCCAACCAAAGUGCUGAAGAUAGCGGAAAGCUUCACGAAUUUGGAUGAGACUGCGAAGGCUGGUCGCUACGUGCGAGGGCCUCACCAUUCAAAGAAUGGCAGGAGGUAUCGAGACGGGUUCGACAGCGGCAGCAGGACUAAACUGGGAGUGUGUUGUGAUGAUGAUGAUGAUUGUGAUAAGGAGUCCAGUGUUAGUGAGGAAUCUGAGAGACACGGUGAUAAAAGAGUAACAGGAUCAUCAUGCACAGCCUUGCGGACUGCGGUUGCUGCUCUGUAUCCCUUCGAUGACUUCACAUUGGAGAAGAUUGGUGAAGGAUUCUUCUCCGAAGUUUUCAAAGUGACACAUAAAACGUCCGGCAAAGUGAUGGUGCUCAAGAUGAAUCAACAGCGGGCGAACCGACCUAACAUGCUCCGGGAAGUGCAGCUCAUGAACAAACUCAAACACCCCAACAUCUUAGGGUUCAUGGGCGUGUGCGUGCACGAGGGUCAACUGCACGCGCUCACGGAGUACAUGGAGGGCGGGUCGCUGGAGCAGCUGAUCCUCGGCCGGCCCCCUCAGCCUCUGCCGCAGCAGCUGAGGAUUUCGCUGGCGGCAGACAUAGCCGCCGGCCUCAAGUACCUGCACGCGCUGGGAGUCUUCCAUAGGGACCUCACUGCUAAGAAUGUAUUAUUAAGAAAAAUUGGGGACGACAGCUACUCAGCGGUGGUGGCAGAUUUCGGACUCGCCGCUAAAAUACCUCAUCCUGUGGGAUACCGGCUGCCGUCGGUGGGGUCGCCAUGGUGGAUGUCGCCCGAGUGCCUGCGCGGCCGCUGGUACGACCACCGCUCCGACAUCUUCUCCUACGGAAUCAUCCUGUGCCAACUCAUCGCCAGGGUUGAUGCCGAUCCGGACGUUCUCCCACGUACGGACAACUUCGGCCUCAACUACAUGGCGUUCGUUGAUCUAUGCGACGAGGACACCGUGCCCGGCUUCCUCAAGCUCGCAUUCAAUUGCUGUAUCUUUGAACCGAAGGCGAGGCCGCUAUUCCCCGAGAUAGUGAGCAAGCUGGCCGAACUCAAGGAUGGCAACGACGACGUUUCAUGGGGCUGUCACACGCCCAACAAUAGCUACGAGAGCGGCGAAGAAGCGGACGCGUCUGGCCCGCGCUCGUGCCCCGGCCUCACCGCGUGGAGGCGUGCCCGUCCGCACUCGAGAUCGCUCCACCGCCGGUCCCUAUCCGAACUGGAAUGGGUAUCAGAAGGGGGUUGCGGUGCUUCCAUAUCUUCGCUCCGUUUGCGUCGUCUGGCACACACGAUGUUACUACGCGACACACACGCGUUAGCCGCGGCGCCUUCAGUCCGUCGGCCGCUGCACACGUUCCGAGGCGUUCACAAGAUCCUGGAACCACCGGCUUCGUGUCUUGAGCUUCCUUCACCGCAUGAUGAUGAAGACGAGCCACGCUGUGCUUCGUUACCAGCAUCGCCGGUGCAGAGUAGAAGGGGAUCGCCUGAUAGGCCACGUCGCCGUGCGUCGUGCGAGAGCGGCAUAUUCUCCGUCGCGUGCUCGGAGCUGUGCUGCCGCUCUCUGGACGAGCUGCGGGCGCGUGUGUGCGGCCGAGACGCGUACAACGUAUGCGCCGAUUGCCGCGCCACCUACCGGUCGAGCGUCUACACGGACAGUUCCGAAGACGCCGCUUCGCUCGCCGGCUCCGAUAGCCUCUACUGCGACGAUCGUUUACCGAGCCGCUCCGCUCAGAUCGCUCGCAUAGUCGACUAUUUCGAGCGGAAGGGCGGCGGCGAAUUCGCCUGCGAACGCUCGUGGCGAAUGAAAAAGUUGGCCGAUUCACGCCGGAGCACGAACCCGGAUCCGCGGAGGACGCUGCUAGUGUGCGAAGGCGCUGUCAGCUCUAAACUACCCAUAUUCGAUAAGCGCGCGUGAUCAAAACUACCUUCAGAGACUUUCAUAUGUCAACGU